GAUGCUCCACUGGUGGACGUCAGUGAUUCUGCUGUCAUGGUUCUCGGUGAGCCAGGCCAACUUUUCAUCGGGUUUAUUCAACUUGACGGUUUAUAAGCAAAUGCCCGCCCUUUACCAACUGGACGACUUCGACCUCUGCCAGGACACGAUCUCCGGCGUGUACUGCCUAGCUUACGUUGAAAUUAAACCGAAUUCCAGCUCAGAUCUUUGGCAGCUAAUCGAAGAGGUCUCCUCGGAUUCAAAACAUCGCUUUCGUCAUGAUCACGUCUUCCGAGGAGUGUGCCUAGAAAGAUGCCUAGAUAGUAUCCUUUCAGCUGACGAUGCUACUGUCUUUCAACCAGAAGAUGUCCAGGACGUAGAGCUUAGCUCCUACUAUAACAAGGUACACCUACGACGUGGCGAUGCCGAGGAGCGCCUGCUCUACAAUGAACUGGUUAAUACGUGUUUAAAUCUUGAGUUUGGGCAGAAGUAUGAGCUGCAAGUCCAAAGUCUCAUUGAAUAUUGUGAGAAGGCGGAUGAGCCUUUGGAUCAAGAUGCUCUGGAUCUUGUAUUUUACAUUCUUAUGACCUCCAUCCUGAUGCUCACUAUUCUUUCGACCUAUUACGAUUACCAGCUAAGUUCUUCGAGUUUGCAGCAGGACCUUAGCUUCUACCAAGUUCCUUUAAAGAGCAGCAGGCAGAUUCUACUCACCUCCUUCUCUCUGAGCCGCAACUACUAUCGCCUAAUACAGCCCCAUUCCAGCAACUUCUCUCGUGAUGUCAGCUUCUUUGAUGGUUUUCGCGUCAUCGGAGUUCUUAUGGUGAUUUUGGGUCACACAUUGAUGGUCUUCACGACGGUUCCAAUCCAUAAUCCAGAGUUCUACGAGCAGUUCCUGUUCAAGUUUGAGACAUCAAUCUUUCAGAAUGGCAGCUUGGUCAUCCAAAUAUUCUUUGUCAUGAGCGGUUUUCUACUUUUUGUGAACUUUACGGAUCGGCAACUGGUUAACCCACAAACCAGCACUCUCAAUUGCAUUUCCGCGUACUUUCGUGUGUUUUUCUACAGAUAUUUUAGGCUCCUGCCAUCGCUCCUAGCAGUGAUCCUUUUUAACGCCACUUUAUUAGUGCGUCUCCAGGACGGACCCUUCUGGCGGCACAUGGCCGAUGGAGAGCGUGUCUUCUGCCGCGUUAAUUGGUGGAAAAACGUCUUCUUUGUGACGAAUCAUAUGCUGGAAGAUAGUUGCUCGCAUCAAACGUGGUAUUUGGGAGCUGACAUGCAGCUUUUCGAGCUCUUUCUGAUUGUGAUUGUUAUUACCAAGAAACACCCAAAACUAACAAAACCCAUCUACAUAAUACUACUGCUGCUCGCGUUUGUGGUUCCUGCAGUUUUGACUUACAUCCUGGAGCUGGACGCAAUAUACCAUCUACGACCGGAGACAUAUCGCUACUUGUACUUCCGGCAUUCGGAUACCUUCUACCAGAUGUAUCCACCUUUCUACACCAAUCUUGGCGGCUACCUCUUUGGAUUCCUAUGCGGUCAUCUCUACAUCAACCAGCGUUCCUCUACGGCCGUCCUCCGAGGGAAGCUGAGGUAUGAGCUGGGCAUGUGGCUGCUUGUACCGGCCAUCCUGGGUGUUCUACUUUCCGGCUAUGUGUUCAUCCGUCAUGACUUUGCCAAGCCAUCGUUGUGGUUGGCCUUGUACGCGGGUCUACAUAAGAACCUGUGGGUCCUUAUUUGUUCCGGAUUUGUGUUUCUCAUGUGCUGCAAAGUAGGAGGCAUGGCCUACGCCUUUUGUACCUUGCCUGUGUUUCGACCUCUGGCCAGGAUUUCCUUUCAGGCCUUUCUUUGGCAUAUCGUCGUACUUCGCGUGGUGGUCGGUGGCAUCCGGCAACCAGUAUAUGUCACAAGUCUAUUUGUGAUUUGUAAUGUCCUAAGUGUUUUUAUUUUAACACUCAUCGUUUCUGCGGUUCAGGCUGUUCUACUAGAAUAUCCACUGGGAGAGGUGUUGCGCUGUCUCCUGAAACAGGAAAAAGUUAAAAAGGAAGUUAAUUCAGAAAUUCAAAUGGGACGCGCGCAGUCAGCUGCUUAGAGUGACCGUAUUUAAGUGGCAGGGAUGCCAUUCAGGGUUCAUUCACAAUAGACACCAACAACAUUACAGCUAUAAAUCUGUUAUCUUUAAAAGUGAUUUGUCGUUAUGUCAGUUUGUAUUUGGUUCAUUAAAUAAAUAAAUAUUAAAAUAAAAUAUUUUUUAAUUUUAUAUCUAGCGGAAAACAACUAUGAUAUCGAUUAUUUUCGAAUUUAUCGAAUGCAGUCGUCAGCACUGACCGAAUCGCCAAACAAUCGCCCAUCGGCCGACUGAUAUCAACAACAACUCUUAGACGCUCUGCGCGCUCACGUCGGCAUUUUUGCACUUGUCCCGUUUUUCUGCUGACUGAAAACUCUUCCCGUAGUGUCUUAAAUUCGGUAUCGCGUGCUAAAUUCUCCAGUUGGUAUCCCAAAUUGAAUGCGCUGGUCCUAGUGAGA